CCCGCGGGACGCCGCGGGCGGGCGGGGGUGCGGGGGAGACCAUAAUUUGUUCCGUGGUGAUGAGAACGGUGACUGUUGGCUGUGGAUCCAUUUCACAGGCCUGCCUCCUCUCCCUAACGAUCUUCCUCGUCCCCGGGCCAACUCGGACAGUUUGCUCGUUUAUUGCAACGGUCAAGGCUGGCUCGUGCCAGAACAGCGUGCGCGCGCGCACACACACACGCACACACGCACACACGCACACACACGCGCGCCGGGGAAAACUUUUUUAAAAAAAUGAAAGCCUAGACUAGCUCUUCAGCGGCCGGGCGCUGCGCGAGGGGUUCGGAGUUGACUCCCCGCAGCAGGAAGUCCCUCGCGCCGCGACGCCCGGCCCCCGCUCGGCGCCCGCGGGGGAUGGUGCAGCGCCCGCCGCCCGGCCCCGAGAGCUGCUGCUGCACGGAAGGCCGGCGACGAUGGCAGCGCGCCCGCCGCCCGCGCCCCCCGCCCGCGCCCUCCUGCUCGCCCUGGCCGGGGCUCUGCUGGCGCCGCGCGCGGCCCGAGGGGUGAACUUGGGAAGCAGAUUCGUACCUUCCGUGCAACAGGCCGGCGCGAGGGACGGGAGAGGAGCUUACGAAGUGGUCAGUGCCUCUCUUUUGAAUGGAGACCCGUGGAACCCAGUGACAAACGCGGACACAAAGAAUCAUCCAGGAGUGUUGAAUUUUCGAAUACAAUUGGAAAGCAAAGAACUGAUUGUAAAUCUGGAAAGAAACAAAGGUCUCAUUGCCAGCAGUUUCACAGAAACCCACUAUCUGCAAGAUGGCACUGACGUCUCCCUCAUUCGAAAUUACACAGGUCACUGUUACUACCAUGGAUACGUGCAGGGCUAUUCUGGUUCCACGGUCAGUCUCAGCACUUGUUCUGGUCUCAGGGGACUUAUUACAUUUGAGAAUAAAACCUAUAUUUUGGAGCCAAUGAAGAAUGAAACCAACAGAUACAGACUCUUCCCGGUGGAGAACCUGCAGAGCACCUGGGGACCCUGUGGAUCAAACACGACGGCCCUCGCCAUGCAUGACAGGCUCCCACCGCCCUCCCAGACCUGGGCAAGAAGGCAAAAAAGAGAGACCCUCAAGACGACCAAGUAUGUAGAGCUCGUUAUUGUGGCAGACAACCGAGAGUUUCAGAGGCAAGGAAAAGACCUGGAAAAAGUCAAACAACGAUUAAUAGAGAUCGCUAAUCACGUUGACAAGUUUUACAGACCGCUGAACAUUCGAAUCGUGUUGGUGGGCGUAGAGGUGUGGAAUGACAUCGACAAAUGCUCCAUAAGUCAGGACCCAUUCACGAGCCUCCACGAGUUUCUGGACUGGAGAAAGAUGAAGCUUCUACCUCGCAAAUCCCAUGACAACGCACAGCUUAUCAGUGGCGUUUAUUUCCAAGGGACCACCAUCGGCAUGGCGCCCAUCAUGAGCAUGUGCACGGCAGAACAGUCCGGGGGAAUCGUCAUGGAUCAUUCAGACAGUCCCCUUGGCGCGGCUGUGACCCUGGCCCAUGAGCUGGGACACAAUUUCGGGAUGAACCAUGACACCCUGGAGAGGGGCUGUAGCUGCAGAAUGGCUGCCGACAAAGGAGGCUGCAUCAUGAACCCCUCAACCGGGUUCCCGUUCCCCAUGGUGUUCAGCAGCUGCAGCAGGAAGGACCUGGAGGCCAGCCUGGAGAAGGGCAUGGGUAUGUGCCUCUUUAACCUGCCGGAAGUGACGCAGUCCUUCGGGGGCCGGAAGUGCGGGAAUGGAUACGUCGAAGAAGGAGAGGAGUGUGACUGUGGGGAACCGGAGGAGUGUCUGAAUCUCUGCUGCAACGCCACCACCUGUACCCUGAAGCCAGAUGCUGUCUGCGCGCACGGACUGUGCUGUGAAAACUGCCAGCUGAAACCUGCAGGAACGGCGUGCAGGGACUCUAGCAACUCCUGCGACCUCCCAGAGUUCUGCACGGGGGCCAGUCCUCACUGCCCGGCCAACGUGUACCUGCACGAUGGGCACCCGUGUCAGGGGGUGGACGGCUACUGCUACAACGGCAUCUGCCAGACCCACGAGCAGCAGUGCAUCACCCUCUGGGGACCAGGUGCUAAACCUGCCCCCGGGAUCUGCUUCGAGAGAGUCAACUCUGCAGGCGACCCUUAUGGCAACUGCGGCAAAGACUCCAAGAGCUCCUUCGCCAAGUGCGAGAUGAGAGAUGCUAAAUGUGGAAAAAUCCAGUGUCAAGGAGGUGCCAGCCGACCAGUCAUCGGUACAAAUGCCGUUUCCAUAGAAACGAAUAUCCCCCUGCAGGAAGGAGGUCGGAUUCUGUGCCGUGGGACCCACGUGUACUUGGGCGAUGACAUGCCGGACCCAGGGCUUGUGCUUGCCGGCACAAAGUGUGCAGAUGGAAAAAUUUGCCUCAAUCGUCGGUGUCAGAACAUAAGUGUCUUUGGUGUUCACGAAUGUGCGGUGCAAUGCCACGGCAGAGGGGUGUGUAACAACAGGAAGAAUUGUCACUGCGAGGCCCACUGGGCUCCUCCCUUCUGUGACAAGUUUGGCUUUGGAGGAAGCAAGGACAGCGGCCCCACCCGGCAAGCAGAUAACCAAGGUUUAACGAUAGGAAUUCUGGUGACCAUCCUGUGUCUUCUUGCUGCUGGAUUUGUGGUUUAUCUCAAAAGGAAGACAUUGAUACGACUGCUGUUUACAGAUAAAAAAACCACCAUUGAAAAGCUAAGGUGUGUGCGCCCCUCCCGGCCGUCCAGUGGCUCCCAGCCUAGUCCGGCUCACCUCACCCACCUCAGCAAAGGGCCGAUGAGGAAGCCGCCAUCUUCCAGCACACCUAAGGACAAUCCCAGGAGAUUGCCGCAGUGUCAGCACGUGGACAUCAGCAGACCCCUCAGAGCCCUUGACGCCCCUCUGCCCAGUUCUCCUCAGCGAGGACUCCCGCCCCUGCACCCGGCUCCUCGUGUGCCCUGCGUCCCUGCCAGACCCCUGCCGGCCAACCCUGCACUCAGACAGGCCCAGACCUGCUUCCAAACAGCCCCAUCAAGUGCCCAGAGCCACCCACAUCGCCUAUGCAAAGUGAGAAGCAAGCCAACACCGUUGUUCAACAAUGAAGACAGAAGUUUGCACUAUCUCUCUCUCAACUCCAGUUGGAGUUAUUUUUUGUACCAACUUUUAGAAUUUUUUUUAAUGUUUCAAACACCAUGAUUUGAAGAACUUUGAGCUACUGCCGUCGGUGCUGUGCUGUGCUAUGGUGCUCUGUAUACUUUUACUUGCUCAGGUACUUGUAAAUUAUUAAUUUAUGCAGAAUGCUUGCUACAGUGCAGUGCGCUGUAGUGGGCGUGGUUUUUUUUUGUUGUUUUUUUUUAAACCAUCACUGAGUUUUCCAUGGAAGGAAGGCUUCUUGUGCUUUUAAUAGUUUAGUGAACUUGAAAUAUCAUGCUUUCUGGGAUUCUGGACAGGAUGUUUACUUUUUGAAGGAGGCUUUAUUGGACAGCAGUUCCCCAGCUACCCAUGGCUAUGGUUAUGGUACCAGACACAGCUCAAGAGACCCCAGGUAGGACCUCGAGUGAUUUUCUGGAACCCCUGCUCUCAGGCCAGAGCCUGGCUUCUGGUCCAGCCUACACUUGGCUUGCAGGGAUAACCUGGGCCCUGUCACAGCUGACAGUCUGGCCCACCAGGGUUAUUAUCCCUUGAAGCUCCAGGGUAACAGGGAAGGACCUGGCUUCUGGCUGGGAAGCUUUGGAGAGAACCUGGGUUGCGGAAAGGAAUUUUAAGGUGUGGCCACACCCGUAUAGAGACUGGAACACGAGGCCAGGCAGAAACUUGACCCUUGAGCUCACCAGCCCUGAGCGCCUUUGGAGAGCAGGCAGAGAAGUUUGCUUUAUAGAAACACCAAGAACUUCUUUCCCUGGCUGCCCUUUAAGGAGUGCUGGCAUCCGCACCUUAUUUAGAUAGGGAAAGGUGGUGUGUUUCUACAAAGACAGCUACUGCCCAAGCACUGCAACCCUCCAUCUCCCUGUACUGUUUGGAGCUAAACAAAUUACCACCUUGUGUUCUUGACUGUAAUACAAUGAUUCUGCGUUCCGACAGAUAGAUGAGGCUUUCCACAGAGUAUAACUAUUUUCAGAUGUGAACCAGUAACCAGAUCUAGUGACUCAAUUCUGUAGAUAAAAAAUCUCCUUUUACUGCAAGGUUCAACUUAUUAAAAAUUAGCCAGAAUCCCUAUGCUUGCAAAAACUACAACCAAAUGGAACGCUGUGUUCACUGGGACAGGUUAUGGUCUGCUAUCCUUGUUAGUACAUGUUGGACAAAGAACCCUAAGUUACUAGUAAGUUCUCUUUGGGGCAUCUUAUUUUCCCAACUUGGCUGAGGAAAUCUUUGAAAGAUGUUUUUGGCACAGAGUCUGAAUCUGUUUCCUAAGCACUUACAACUUACCUGCUGAGCAUCACAGAAAUGGGCGAAGGAAACAAAGUCCUCAUCCUCAGGAUUCACGAAGUGCAGUCUUGGGCAGCAGCUUCAUCAGCCUCCCACCCUUUAGAGGUCUGACUGGGGAGCCAUUUCCAAAAGGAGAUCUUGAAGAUGCUUGUAUCUGAUGGCAUGAAAAUGACAAAAUGACUCAGACAAGGUAAAAAUGCCAUUAUGCCUCUGUCUGUCUUCUAGUGGGGUCAUAUGCGACUGGUUUUCACAUUAGAAGGCAAUUGACAGCAGUUCCAUAAUCCACUCUGUUUUAUGACAGGGACGUCAUCUGGGGUCAUUUCAGUGGUUUUUCUAUGCCUUGAAGCAGAAAGACAAAACGUACCAAGAAUCUUGGUUUGCCUUCCAGAAACAAGAGUGCAUUUAACUCUCUGCGUGUUCCCACCGUAUCCAGGGAACAUAGUAUUCACGAUCAUGGAUAAACUCAAUAAAUCCAUGUCUCACGCACACACACAAAAGGGAACUCGGCUCUAAUACAUUCCAACUCUUAUAGCAUGCAACUGUUCAUUAUACAUUUAUUAAUUUCUUAAAACUAUAAAGCCAUGUUAGAAACUAUUACUGCUGAUGAGUACAUACAGAAUUACUAUAACUGGUAUUAUAUUUGGUAACUAUACUAAGGCCAAAACAUAUGCUGUUGAAAAGUUUACAGAAUUUUUAUGGUGCAUUAUGUGGGUAUUGUCUUUGUAGAUGCCCAAAUCCUUGGAUCUGGCAUUGUAGCCCCUUCUCCUAGUGCAAGGAAGAGGAUGUGAACUUUUUUUUUUUUUUUGUCUGUCCUUAAUUAUAGUUCCUAUGCUUCUAUUUCAGAGAACCAGGAAUAGUUUGAUAUUAAAGGAGAUUAAUGCUGUGAUCUUACAUCUCAUCAUCAAUGGCCACUUAGGGGCCACGGCUGAUGACACAUUCUUAUCUCUCUAUAGUACUAAGUGCUUCUAUAGAGCCAUGCAAUUUAUUUCUGGAAAAGAACAUAGUUAAACCUAAUAUCCCCUUACAAUACACAGAUAAUAUUAUUAGAGGAACAAUACUUCCAAAUGCAAUAUUUAUCAAAUGAAGCAUAUUAAACAAUAACUUUCAUUUUAAUAUAACUUAGGAAAGUAACAAAUAGCCAGGUUGUUUGGGGGGGGAAGCUAUUCUUCCCCCUUUUUAUAUCCUCAUAGAUGAUAGAAACAAAAGUUAAUGCUUAUAUUUCAAUGGCAGUCUAUUUUUAAUAUUUUUUUAAUUGUAUAGGCAUGAAUAAUAGAGUUGAUGGGGGCUUAGAAGGCCCUCGCUGAGAAAGUCAGCAUGCCUCGACACAGAGCAGGCCCUAAGGGUAGUCACUUUCCUUCCUCCAUCUUAUGAGAGUUGUAGGUUGUAUGACCCCACUUUACUGGGAAGUAGAUGGCUAAUCUUCCAGGCAUUCUACUGAAAAGUUUAUCGCCUGAAAUUUUGUGUAACUUUGUUUUCCUGACACAUGGAAUCAGAUGUGUAGCAACCAAGAGAAACAAUACAUAACAUUUUCCAUUGUCAAAAUAUGCACAUAGAGAUUACACUUCCCAGUGUGAAUUUUUCCAGCUUACACAUGUGGGAUGACAUCACAAAAAACCACAAGAGCAACAAAUUAAACUACAUGAGAAUAAAUACUCCUGACUAGUCUCAAAGGGGACAAUUUUAUGCCUUCUUAACUUUAUUAGGAAUUCUUAGCCUGGAACCAGAGCCCAUCGUUCCGACAAAUCAAUACGACACAUCAGCGUAACCCCUAAGAGCAGAACAUCUCGAACUCUGCUCUGUGGCGGACCGUUCUUAGGAGCCUGUGAUCUCCGUGGUGCUAAACAGACCCUGGUGCUGGCCCGGCGGGAAUUCUCAAGCAUCUCCCUGCCAUCGCUCCACUGCUGUUUACAAAGCACUCUGAGCCAUUGAGACCCCGACACCCAAGAGGGCACGAUGCCUGGGGCAGCAACCUGACCCCUCGCAGGCUUUCAGCAUGAGGCUUAUUUCAUUUAAAACGUUUGCUCGGGAGGGCUCCCCGAGGUGUGCAGGGAGCAGGAAGCCCAGGGCAGACUCGGUCUGGAGAUCCUUCCUCACUGUUAGCAAACUGACCCCAACCAAACACAAGUAACCCAGAUAAACGUCACACCCGGAAGUCUCCCGGUACCGAUGCUGACCCCCAGGGGUGACUCAGGCUGUGGGUCCCCCGCACGAUGGCUGGCUGGCAGCUGCCAUCCCUUCUUCCCACAACUCACGAGCAGGCCAUGAACACAUCAUCUGGACACAGGCAGCCUAGGCUAAUACGUCCCUUGGCCACUCCUUAUCACCCAGACACCAGUUCCUUCCCCAGGCCCAACCCAGCACCGAGGCCUCUCCAAUCUCUGACAGAUCUCUGCGUUUUUAGCUACUUCAGGUCAGCCAGGGUGGUGGUUGCCCCACAAGUCCACCCAUCGUACACCCAAAGCCCAGCCCUCGCCAGCACCGCAGCCUGGAGCAGCCGUACCGGCUCCCGCGCCAGCCCGGACUCCAGCAGCGUCCCUCCCCCAGGAGGGAUGCUAAAGACUUCUAUCUAUCAGAAGGGGGAGUUGGCCAUAGAAAAUCAGUUCACCUCUAAUUACAAAAUUCUCUUGACUCACUCUACAGUCCCCAUUGACAUCUCUUUCUUUUAAACCUAUUUGAAAACUCUGAUAGUCACACCAGUAACAACAAGCUAAGAAAGAUUCGUGAGCCCCAGGCUGAGAACCAUUUCUGUGCAGUGAUGCUUCCAGAAGCCAUUUACCUGCACGUGAAUAAACUGUUUCCCUGCCUUUCUUAAAGAAAACCCCCUCUUUACUUUUGGGACAGCAGUGGGUGGCUUAGAAUCCAGCCGUUAAGAGCCUGUUCUAUACGAGAAAAAUCAGGAGAAGAAACACUGCGUAUAAAAUCGUCAUAAUAUUCAAUAAUGGAUCGUGAUAGCCAUAAGAUUUAACACACAAAGGAAUUCUCAAUGUGAUUUGGCUCUUCCAGGCUCAAUACUCUGUAACCAACCCUGAUGUUUCCACAUCAUCUCCAAAAAACACGUCCUUUAUUCUCCCUGUGAUUCUCCUUCCAUAAGAUAAUUUUUUAGUUCUCAAUUUGGCACACUGUAAGUCCAGAAAAAAUGAUAAAUCUCAUGUGAUCAUUUUAGUUUUACAAAGAAGUGGAAUGAUGUCUAUGUUCAUGGCCUAUAUAAGCAAGUACUUAAGUAGGAAGGACAGUGAUAGAAAAAAUACAUCAAACUAGAAAGAGAAAACCCUCUAAGAGUCCAAGGAGAACAAGUAGCGUCAGAGUUCAUUGCGCUCUUGUACCAUCUAUCAGGUCAAGUGGGGAGGUUUUAAGGAAGGUGCACUGUUUGAAUGUGUGUGGCACAUAAGUAUAACUCUGUAAAACUUGGCUACAGGCUAUUCAGCACAGUACAAAGUUACAGCUACUAAACCAGUACAUUCAUUUUUAUAGUGCUUCAUCCAUUUAUCAUGCUUUGGUUUGCUAAUUUUUUUCACAUACCUUUUUAUGUUACGGUCUGUUACCUUUGUACACAUUUCUCAUAUUGGGGGUCUACAGGUAAUACAACCUGCUUUUCCAUAGAAAAAAGUCAAUGUUACGCAUAUUAUAUCCAAUAAAUGGUAUACAGGUUAAUAUAAA